AUGGCGAACGACAAAUCAAUAACAUCUGUUCAAACCAAUGCACAAGCUAAUACUAAACAUGUAUCAAAAUUCUCCAAGGAUUCAGUUGAAAAUCGACGACGUAUUACCAUCCAAAGAAUGCAAAAUGUCCUCCUUAUCUGGUUGGACAACAAUAUUAAUGAAAAUAACGAUGAUUGCAGUAAUACAAUCAAACAACUGAAAUGUGUAGUUAACAACGUAAACACGUUUACAGAUGGUGAACAAUGUGUGGACUUUAUACAAACCAUCACCAACAACAAAAUAUGUAUGAUUGUGUCUGGUGAACUUGGGAAACAUAUUGUGCCUCAUGUGCAUGACAUAUCGCAAGUAGACACCAUUUUGAUUUUUUGUAACAAUCAACAAUGGCAUAAACAAUGGACCAAAGAAUGGUCUAAAAUAAAAGGAAUCUUCACAGAUAUAACAUCAAUCUGUGACGCUCUUAAACAAACAGCUCCUCAAUGUGAGCAAAAUGCCAUCUCGAUCAGCUUUGUGGCAUUAAAUAAAAAGUUGGAUCAAUUAGAUCCAUCAUUUAUGUAUACUCAAAUCUUGAAAGAGAUCUUAUUAACCAUUAACUUCGAAGACAAACAUUUCAAGGAAUUUAUUAAUUAUUGUCGUGACGCAUUUGUCGAAAAUGAGUAUGAAUUACAUAAUAUUGAAAAAUUGGAACAUGACUAUCAUGAUCAAAGGCCUAUUUGGUGGUAUACUUAUCAAUAUUUUUUAUAUUCGAUGCUUAAUCAAUCACUAAGAUCAAUGGAUGCUGAUAUUAUUCUUCGAAUGGGUUUCUUUAUUAAUGAUUUGCAUCGUGAUAUUCAACGACUCCAUUCCGAACAAUUUCAUGGUGAACAAUCUGAUAAAACAUUUACAGUUUAUCGUGGACAAUGUCUUUCCAAAGAAGCUUUUACCGAAAUGACAAAUACUAAAGGUGGACUUCUUUCAUUUAAUAACUUUCUAUCAACUAGUAAAAACCGUGAUGUUUCUCUAUUGUUUGCACCACAAGCUGCUACUAAUCCGAAUCUUGUUGGAGUUCUAUUUGUUAUGACAAUUAAUCCUACUCAUUCAACAACUCCAUUUGCUUCUAUUACAGAUGUUAGUCAUUUUCAUAUGGAAGAUGAAGUUCUGUUUUCUAUGCAUACUGUUUUUCGUAUUGGAGAUAUUCAACCGAUGGAUGGAAAUAAUCAUCUCUAUCAAGUAAAUUUAAUAUUGACCAGUGACAACGACCAAGAUCUUCGAACUCUUAGUGAUCAGAUCCGACAGGAGACCUUUCCAGAUGAAGAAGGAUGGUACAGAUUGGGAUCACUACUGAUUAAAAUGGGUCAAUUUACCAAAGCUGAAGAAGUGUAUGAGGUUUUACUUCAUCAAGCAACAAAUGAGAGUGACAUGUCACCGAUUUAUUAUCAACUAGGUUGGAUCAAAUAUAACCAAGGAAAGUAUCAAGACGCACUUAUAUCUCAUGAAAAAGCUCUUGCAAUUCAACAACAAUUACUUCCUCCCAAUCAUCCUGAUUUGGGUGAUUCCUAUAACAAAAUCGGUAAUGUAUAUUACAGCAUGGGUGAUUAUCCAAAAGCACUUUUAUCUCAUGAAAAAGCCCUUGCAAUUCGACAGCAAUCACUUCCUUCUACUCAUCCUCAUUUGGGUCAUUCCUAUAACAACAUCGGUUUGGUGCAUUACAACAUGUACGAUUUUUCAAAAGCACUUCCUUGUUAUGAGCAAGCCCUUGCAAUCCUACAACAAUCACUUCCUUCUAAUCAUCCUCAUUUAAGUCAUUCCUAUAACAAUAUUGGUUUAGUAUAUUAUAACAUGGGUGAUUUUCCAAAAGCACUUUUUUAUUAUGAAAAAGCUCUUGCAAUUCGACAACAAUCACUUCCCUCUACUCAUCCUGAUUUGGGUGUUUCCUAUAACAAUAUCGGUCAGGUGUAUGGUAGCAUGGGUGAUUAUUCAAAAGCACUUGUUUAUUAUGAGAAAGACCUCGUAAUUUCACAACAAGCACUUCCUUCCAAUCAUCCUGACUUGGGUGCUACCUAUGACAACAUCAGUUCGGUACAUUACAACAUGGGUGAUUAUCCAAAAGCACUUUCUUAUUAUGAAAAAGCCCUUGUAAUUCGACAACAAUCACUUCCUUUCAAUCAUCCUGAUUUGGGUGAUUCCUACAAUAACAUCGGUUUGGUGUAUAAUAGCAUGGGUGAUUAUCUAAAAUCACUUUUAUCUCAUGAAAAAGCCCUCGCAAUCCGACAGCAAUCACUUCCUUCCACUCAUCCUGAUUUAGCUUCUUGCUACACGGGCAUCGGUUUGGUACAUUAUAACAUGGGUGAUUAUCUAACUGCACUUUCAUUCCAUGAAAAAGCCCUUGCAAUUCGACAACAAGCACUUUCUUCCAAUCAUUCUGACUUGGGUAGUUCCUAUAACAACAUCGGUGAGGUAUAUUACAAAAUGGGUGAUUAUCCAAAAGCACUUUCUCAUUAUGAAGAAGCCCUUGCAAUUCGACAACAAUCGCUUCUUUUGAAUCAUCCUAGUUUGGGUGCUUCAUAUAACAACAUGGGUUUGGUAUAUGAGAAUAUGGGCGAUUAUUCAAAAGCUCAUUCAUUUUAUGAACAUGCUGUACAAAUUGGAGAACAGUCCUUAUCAACAAAUCAUCCUAAUCUUGAACAAUGGAGAAAAAAUCUCGAAAACAUUAAAAAGAAAUUAUAA